UUGGGGCGGCUCCCAGGUUGGGCGUCUGGAAAACUUCUCCAGGUUCUGCUUAUUCCUGCUCCUGGCUCCGCCUUAGCUUGAGACCUGGCUUCGCUCCCGCCCUACCAGUCCCGGCUGCCCGCUUCCCGCUGCCUCUAUCCUGAGUGUGCAUGCGGGGACAUCUCCGCGCCUGCCCUGGGCCCAAAGCUGGGUUGCGAAUAUCAAGAGUCCCUCCGAACGGACCAUGGGUAUCUGCCCCUAGGGUUCUCUCCUUAGCUCCCUGAGCACUGCCAGGAAUUCUCUCCCAUUGUAGACACUCAGCCCUUGGAAGGCCCUGGGCGAAGCGGGCUCCGUGUCCCCGCUUUGUGGCAAGACUGACACUCUGCGGAACCUGGAGCUUGGAGAUACCCUUGCGCCUAACCAGUUGAAGGAUUGGGCGCAGCAGCCAAGUGCAGGCCAGACACGCAGCUUCAGGGGCCCCGGGAGACGGCGACUGUACUCCCGCGGCGCAGCCCGGGAGCCUAGCUCCACCGCUGGAGGAAGUCCCUCUCGCUGCAUUAGGAGCACGGACGCGCCCUGGGCGCACGCCCAGGAGGCCUCCUCCCCAGCCCACCGCGACCAUCCUUAGGGUGCAAGGAAGAGGUUGCUGGAGACUUCGAGGCUGCUCAGCGCCAGGGAGCAGGAGCCCCGAGUCUCUUUCCUCAGCUGGGAAGCAGGAGUAGCGCUGGCGCGCUGGAGCUGGGAACACAGGGAGCGCCUGACCUUCCUCCUCCUUUUUCUUUCUAUCUCCUUCGCAACUUCGGCUCCGGGGGAAGGCUCUAGCCGCUGUAGGCGCCCUCGACCCUUUUCAUAGAAGGCUGGUGAUGGAUCUCCUGCUUUUGCCCCCACCGGGGCACUUGUAGUGCCCUAGUGGCACGUGAGCCUGGCACUGCCCACCACCACCCUCUGAGCUUGGCAGCAUCUCCUGAGUCCCUUUUCUUUCCGCGGCACAAAUCGCCAGUAUUCCCAGACCGGGAAGAACGUGGCCCUCGGGCAUAGCCCUGCCCUGAUGUCUGCGCAAAGCCUGCUCCACAGUGUCUUCUCCUGCUCCUCGCCAGCCUCCAGUGGCUCGGCCUCAGCCCAGGGGUUCUCCAAGAGGAAGCUGCGCCAGACCCGCAGCCUGGACCCAGCCCUGAUCGGCGGCAGCGGGGGCGAGGUGGGCGUGGAGGGCGGCUCUCCGGGGGUCACCGGGGGCCGCCUAUGCUCCCCAUUGUCCCCGGCUGAAGGCCUUGGGGCCCGCUCGACGUCCUCUUCCAGGGGCCCACACCCCCGAGCCAACCGAAUCCCACCCCCUGGACCCCUCUGCUCAUCCUUCUCUACUCCAAGCACCCCGCAGGAGAAGUCGCCGUCUGGCAGCUUCCACUUUGACUAUGAGGUCCCCCUGGGUCGCAGCAGCCUCAAGAAGAGCAUGGCCUGGGACCUGCCUUCGGUCCUGACUGGGCCAGGCAGUGGCCGCAGCGCCAUCCUCUGCUCCUCCGGGGGAGGCUCCAACAGCAUCUUCGCUUCUCCCAGGAGGUGGCUCCAGCAGAGAAAGUUCCAGUCCCCACCCAGCAGCCAUGGCCACCCCUACGUCGUGUGGAAGUCCGAGGGUGAUUUCACCUGGAACAGCAUGUCGGGCCGCAGUGUGCGUCUAAGGUCAGUCCCCAUCCAGAGUCUCUCAGAGCUGGAGCGAGCCCGGUUGCAGGAAGUGGCUUUUUAUCAGUUGCAGCAGGACUGUGACCUGAGCUGUCAGAUCACUAUUCCCAAAGAUGGACAAAAGAGGAAGAAAUCUUUGAGAAAGAAACUGGAUUCACUGGGGAAGGAGAAAAACAAAGACAAAGAAUUCAUCCCACAGGCAUUUGGAAUGCCCUUAUCCCAAGUCAUUGCAAAUGACCGGGCCUAUAAACUCAAGCAGGACUCACAGAGGGAUGAACAAAAGGAUGCAUCUGAUUUUGUUGCUUCCCUCCUCCCAUUUGGAAAUAAAAGACAAAACAAAGAACUGUCAAGCAGUAACUCAUCUCUCAGCUCCACCUCGGAAACACCAAAUGAGUCUACAUCCCCGAACACCCCAGAACCAGCUCCUCGGGCCAGGAGGAGGGGUGCAAUGUCAGUGGACUCUAUCACAGAUCUUGAUGACAAUCAGUCCCGACUGCUAGAAGCUUUACAACUCUCCUUGCCUGCUGAGGCUCAAAAUAAAAAGGAAAAAGCCAGAGAUAAGAAACUCAGUCUGAAUCCUAUUUACAGACAGGUUCCCAGGCUGGUGGACAGCUGCUGUCAACAUCUAGAAAAACAUGGCCUCCAGACAGUGGGGAUAUUCCGAGUUGGAAGCUCCAAAAAGAGAGUGAGACAAUUACGUGAGGAAUUUGACCGCGGGAUUGAUGUCUCUCUGGAGGAAGAGCACAGUGUUCAUGAUGUGGCUGCCUUGUUGAAGGAGUUCCUGAGGGACAUGCCGGACCCCCUUCUCACCAGGGAGCUUUACACGGCUUUCAUCAAUACUCUCUUGUUGGAGCCAGAGGAACAGCUGGGCACCUUGCAGCUCCUCAUCUACCUUCUACCUCCCUGCAACUGCGACACACUCCACCGCCUCCUACAGUUCCUUUCCAUUGUGGCCAGGCACGCCAAUGACAACAUCAGCAAGGAUGGGCAAGAGGUCACUGGGAACAAAAUGACAUCUCUAAACCUGGCCACCAUAUUUGGACCCAACUUGCUGCACAAGCAGAAAUCAUCAGACAAGGAAUUCUCGGUCCAGAGUUCUGCCCGGGCUGAGGAAAGUACAGCCAUCAUUGCUGUGGUUCAGAAGAUGAUAGAAAAUUAUGAAGCCCUGUUCAUGGUUCCCCCGGAUCUCCAGAAUGAAGUGCUGAUCAGCCUGUUAGAGACCGAUCCCGACGUGGUGGACUAUUUACUCAGAAGAAAGGCUUCCCAAUCCUCAAGCCCUGACAUGCUGCAGUCGGAAGUUUCCUUUUCCAUGGGCGGAAGGCACUCAUCCACAGACUCCAACAAGGCCUCCAGCGGAGACCUCUCCCCUUAUGACAACAACUCCCCAGUGCUGUCCGAACGUUCCCUGCUGGCUAUGCAAGAGAACACAGCUCCGGAGGGCUUGGAGAAGCUUUACAAAGGACCAGAGCAGUAUACGCUGGUGGGCCACUUGCCAUCUUUGAAGUCGAGGGAGAGUUCUCCUGGACCAAGGCUUAGCAAAGAUAUGUCAGAGGAACCUUUCAAUAUCUGGGGAACUUGGCAUUCCACAUUAAAAAGUGGAUCCAAAGACCCAGGAAUGACAGGUUCCUAUGGAGACAUUUUUGAAAGCAGCUCCCUACGACCGGGGCCAUACUCCCUUUCUCAAGGGAACCUGUCCCUAAAUUGGCCUCGGUGGCAGGGGAGCCCCACAGAACUGGACAGUGGUAUGCAGGUCAUUCGGAGGACUCAGACCACAGCCACUGUUGCGGAGUGCCGAGGCCACCCUCCUGUGUCCCGAGUCUGCAGCACGCCCCACAUCCAAAGCAGCAGCAGGAGAUCAGAGGUGGCCACACCAGGGUCAGAGCAGUAUUUGACUCUGAGCAGUGCCAAAGACCUUACUGAGAGCCAGCUGGAUGUGGCCCGGCUGCAGAGCCGAGCCAAGCCUUUGCACCAGAGACCUCGAGAGAGUGUGAGGCAUGACAACAGGCCUCCUCCUCCUUAUCCUGGUCUGGGAAAGCAAGCUUUAGCCUUGGCCCACCAGCCAGCAGAGCCACCAUUGUGGAGGCGCCAGAGGCCAGAAGAAAGCUCAGGAUCAGCUUUGGAAGAGGGAAGCCAAACAGCCGAGAGGGAGCAUCAGGCUGCCCAGCCCAAAGUGAGCAGUGCCUGCUCCAGCCCCGCCAGCAAUCAGAACAGUAAGGCCUUGGGUGAGCCCAACUGGCUUGAUUGGCAGAGAGAUCGGUGGCAGAUCUGGGAGCUCUUGUCCACUGACAACCCCGAUGCCCUCCCGGAAACACUGGUAUGAGCCCACACCCAGCUUGAGCCCUCACAUCCCAACAGCCUUCUUUCACUCGGUAGGGACAAAAUCUGGUGUUGGACAAUUGAACACUUACUUACUUUUUUUCUUUUACACUUCAAAUAAUACCACAAGAGGAACCCAAUUCACUUAAAGAUAUAGAGCACUAGUACCUUCACCUAACCUUAUAAUAAGAUUCUGUUGCAUAGCCAGCUUAGGGAAAUACAAAAACAUAAAUGGAUGGCAGUCUCUAUUAUAAAAACUACUCAUAUUGGCUUUAAUAUUAAACUCUUGCUUUAGUAUAGCUUCAUUGUAUUUAUGUGUCUUCAGUUUUGACUCUUGUAUAUUCUGUAACAGAUUAUGUAUGAUAAUCAUAUAUGAUAUAGUCACAGAAAACAAAAGGAACCAUCUUUUAAUCACUUCACGUAUACUAAGCAAGGAAAUUCUAUAGAAUGUUCUGUGUUAUGCACAAGCGGGUUUCUGUGCUUUUGUCAUAGCUUUUUAAGAGGGACAGCCCUUCCUUCAAUUAUUCAGAAAAAAACACUAACAAAACAAAAUAAAACAGAACAUGAGAAGCCAUAUUUUUAUAUAAUGGUGAGAUACAAAAAAUAUAUAGUCACUGAUUGCCUUUUCGUAUUGAAUAUGUUUUAAAGAAAAUAUUAAAUUUGAUAUGUUAUGGAGUAUAUUUUUGGAAUCUGUUUAGAAAGGAUUCAGUUAAUCAAACAGGAGAAAGGCCGUGCCUGACAAAGAAAGUAAUUAAGAAGUUGUCUUUCCCAUUUUAGGUCAAAUUCAAUUUUAUAUAGUCCAUAUAUAAUAUAUAUUUAUAAUGUGUAAUUUUAUGUAUUUUACAAACCCACAAACUGGAAUCCCACUAUCAAGUGAUUAAGAAUCUAAAUAGAAUAUUCAAAUUAGAGAACAUGUUUUUUUCCUUUAGCCCCAUAAUCAGUAUUAACCAAAUUAUAUGCAAUGCUUUGGAAGUAAAUCAUAUUUGGAAAAGAACUACAGCUUUGUAUUUACAUUGUACCAAAGGCUGAGGAAUGUUUUCUUCAGUAAUUUUGUGUGUAGUGUAAAAUACUCCUACCAUAUACUUCAGUAGUUAAGUUUAAAGUUUUUCAACUGCAAAACUAUUUUUGACCAGCAGGUGGCAAUUCGCUUCAGUAUUUUAUGUGAUUUUUUUUUUUUUUCACUUCAUAAGGGAAUGUGUAUCAUAGAAAACCAUUUUUUUUAUAAAACAUGCUAUUCUUAAUUUUCAUGUUGGCAAUGACAUUUUCAAUGAUGUUUCUUAAAAUUCUGUCUUGUGCCAUGAUGAAUAAAAAGUUGA